AAUGGCUCAUCUCUAAGGCGAGUGGCGAUGACGUCAUCACAAACGGACACUGUUGUCUGUCUUGAAAUGUAGGAAGCGUUUAUCUUUUCAUUUGUUUCGUUCUAAAUACCCUACUCGUACCACCGAGACUUGAAAUGGCCGACUACUGGAAGUCACAACCAAGGAAGUUCUGCCAGUACUGCAAGUGCUGGAUCGCGGACAAUAAGCCUAGCGUUGAGUUCCACGAAAGAGGGAAGAAUCACAAAGAGAAUGUGGCUGCAAAAAUCUCUGAGAUUAAAAAGAAGAGUGUUGACAAGGCCAAGCAGGAGGCGCGUAUGUCAAAGGAGUUUGCGGCGAUGGAGGAAGCUGCGCUGAAGGCUUAUGAGGAAGAUCUGAAGAGGAUGGAAAGGGAGUCGGCAGGAUUACCAGCCGAAAUACCUACACCGCCACAACCACAACCACCGGCACGGCCUAUCAUAAUAAUAAAUAAGACAAGAGCUCAGGCCAAAAAGCAGAAAAAGCAAGAGAAAGAAAACAACAAGUUGAGGGCCCAAAAGGAGGCACAGAUGUGGGUUGAAGGACGGACAGAGGAUGGACACACUUACUAUUACAACAACGUAACUGGAGAAUCUAAAUGGGAAAAACCAGAGGGUUUCCAGGGAGCAAAUCCAGCCCCUGCACAACCUGGAUACAUGGAGAGGUCUUUCUGUCCUUGGAUGGAAGCUGUCAGUCCUGAUGGUUAUACAUAUUACUACAACUCCGCGACUGGAGAGACUAGCUGGGAGGAGCCAGCAGGCUUUUCUUCCAUUGAACCACCUGGAACGACGCCUUACAAAGGGAGAGAGAUUCAGCGGCAGCCUUCAACCACUCGGCUUGAGCCGCCUGCAGGAGAAGAGGAGAGGUCCAGCGGGCCAACAGCCGUAUCUCAGGAGGCCGAAGUCCCCGAAGAGGAUAACCAGCUGUCCAAAGCCCCAAAGAUCAGCUUCAGGAAAAGGAAAUCAGAAGGCGAUCCAUCAGUAAAGGAGGGAGAAGCCGAAGUGAGUGAUGAUUCUCCUAAAGAGGUGGAAAAAAAGGACCAAAAGGUCCAAAGCGCGACAGCUGAACCCGAAGAGAAGAAGAAGGUAGAGGCGGCACCAGUGAAGAAACAAGCAAGAAGGGCAAAAACCACCAACCCAUAUGGGCGCUGGCAGGAGAUCCGGGAAGAAGUGGAUCCAUACGCCAAGGUGGACCUACAGCUGCCGAAGGUGGAGGGAAUCAUUGUCAGCGCUCCGGCCGACAUCCCGCCGGAGCCGAAGCCCAAGUUUAAGGAACGCAUCAUCACAUCCCUCGGAGCGGAAGGUGGACCUGCUUCCUUUAGGAAAAACACGACACAGAACGGCAAAUCCAGGAGCAUCCGACAGAGAGACGACGAUGACGACUGACUCAAAUUCAGAAGAACUUGCAGCUGAAUGCUUCUAGACCCAUUUAAGGGUUUUUCUUUUUUACAUUAUUCAAGCAUAUUAAUUGUAUUUUUAUUUUCUUUACACACUGUUGGAGGACAAUUUUUCCUGAGAUGAUGUUUUUUCUAUCACAUGAAGAUCCCGUUCCGUGGAUCUAAUGUUGUCAUUUCAUCCUGCUGUCUGAUGAGGGCAGAUUUACUUAAAUACGGCAGUUGUAAUAAUUUUUUGUAUUUUCCAUAUUUGUAUAUUACUUAUUGUGGAAACGGCAUUGCAAUAGUUGAUUGUCGGACUCCUGAAGCAGCAAGAUCAAAGAUGGCAACAUAUAACAAUAAAUAACUUUCUGAAUCCUGAAAA